AUGUCACGUUCCUUGUCAGCAUUUUGGCAGCAGUUUAGUGCAAAUUAUAAGCGCACACGAUUUCCGUGGAAAAAGCAUGCGCUCAUUGGUAGCGAUCUGGACGGUAACGAGUAUUGGGAGAUGCCCAAUCCCUUAGGUGGUAGACCGAAACGUUGGGUGCAGAUGAGACAAGAAGACGAUUACACUAUUUUUCGCCAAGAUCAAUUACCUGUUCAAUGGCAAGCUUGGCUUCGACAUACCCGCUAUGAGGCCCCUACAACCCAAGACCUCAUCAAAGAAAUACAACGACAGGCCAUUGUACAACAACGUGCUAAACAACUGGAUAUGGAAUGGGAACAGCGUAAACUGCAAUUGGCAGCAGAAGCCGAAGCAGAAAACCAACCUGCAACAAAAUUAGAAGCCAAGGCGACAUCACAACAUCAACAGCCCACAGGACAAGGCGAGACAUUCGUGCCCGGUGCAUGGAACCCAAGCAGUGCCAAACGACGAUAA